UGCAGGCUCGGGAAAACGCCAUCUUUAAACCCCAGACGAAAUCACAAUUGAGCGCCGGGGAUCAAUGACACACUGUGCUUGCGUUGUGUUACAAUUUUGCGGGCAUUAUUAUGAUCAGUUUGUUGACCGGCGAAACAAAUACGCAACUAAUUGAAAGAACUGUGAAUACUCAACCAAGUCACAUUGUAUGGUCUUGAAAUUGUACUAUCAGAAGGCUAACAUCAACAACAAUACUGGCUAAACGGAAAGACAACGGACGAGUAAACACGGCGUUGUUAUUGAGCUAGCGAACCUGUGUUGAAGGCGCUUUGACAUUACUUUGUUUUAAAAGGCUUGAUUUGGGACUCGACUGUGUGGCAGCAGUUUUAGUCCCGACUUCACUCCUCCCCAGCGGCCCAGCCGGAGAUGCGUGGAAGAUGUCGGUUUCGGGGCUGAAGGCCGAACUGAAGUUUCUGGAGUCCAUUUUUGAUCCAAACCACGAACGAUUCAGAAUUAUUGACUGGAAACCGGAUGAGCUAAACUGUCAGUUUAAUGUGACUGGAGAAAAACUGUUGAUUAUACAUUGCAACCUUACGGAGUCGUACCCCUCCACACCUCCAAUCUGGUUUGUGGACUCUGAUGACCCGAGCCUGACACAAGUGUUGGAACGCCUGGAGGAUGUCAGAAAGGGCAGCACCCUGCUCCUGCAGCAGCUAAAGCGGCUCAUCUGUGACCUCUGUCGGUUGUACAACCUGCCCCAGCACCCAGAUGUAGAGAUGCUGGACCAGCCCCUCCCUGCUGGCCCUGUAGGACAAGACCGAAAGCAUGGGGUCACAGACGAGGUCACGUCCGAAGAGGAGGAAGAAGAGGAAAUGGGAGAGCAGGACAUUGAAGACCUGGACCACUAUGAGAUGAAAGAGGAGGAGCCAGUGGAUGGGAAGAAGUCUGAGGAUGACGGCAUCGAGAAGGAGAACCUGGCCAUCCUGGAGAAGAUCCGCAAGAACCAGAGGCAGGACCACUUGAACGUAAGUGCUCAUUCGGGUGCAGUGUCUGGUUCAGUGCAGGCUUCAGACCGCCUCAUGAAGGAGCUCCGGGAGAUAUACCGGUCCCAGAGUUACAAGAUGGGUAUCUAUUCAGUGGAGCUGGUCAAUGACAGCUUGUAUGAAUGGCACGUCAAGCUGAGGACCGUAGAUCCAGACAGUCCCCUACACAGUGACCUGCAGGUUUUAAAGGAAAAGGAGGGAAUGGAUUACAUUCUGCUCAACUUCUCAUAUAAAGAUAAUUUCCCCUUUGAUCCACCAUUUGUACGGGUGGCUUCUCCUGUGCUGUCUGGAGGUUAUGUUCUUGGAGGGGGUGCCCUGUGCAUGGAGCUUCUCACAAAACAGGGCUGGAGCAGUGCCUAUUCCAUAGAGUCUGUAAUCAUGCAGAUCAACGCCACUUUAGUCAAGGGAAAAGCCAGAGUGCAGUUUGGAGCCAAUAAGAACCAAUACAAUCUUGCCAGAGCACAGCAGUCAUACAAAUCACUGGUCCAGAUCCAUGAAAAGAACGGCUGGUACACUCCCCCUAAGGAGGAUGGGUAAGAGGACUGUUGCCAUGCCUCCACUGGGACCACAUGUCUUAGGGUCAACACCUUUCCCGCCCCAUACUUUUCUUUUCCUCUAACUGGAGUUGUUUUCAUUGGGAGUUUGUUCCCCAGCCAGUUCCACCCAUUCUGUUAAAACCCCCCCACUGACCAACCACCUCACUGACCAUAUCCACUUCUCAAUAGUGGAUUCACCCUCUAGCUAUUUAUCUUUCUCGCACUUGUGCAAUCGCUUCCUUUGUUACAAUCUCAUCCCUAAUCCCUUGAGCAUUGAAUGAACUCCAUAUCUUGUGCAACUCCCUUAAAUCCUACUCUGGGCAAGCAAAGAAGAGCUUACUUACUGCCUGUGAUUUCUGGUCAAGGUUGAGGCAUGGCUUUUGCUAGUGACUGAAGCUGUCGGUUACGUGACUGGGGUUGAGAUUCUCCGGCCACAGACUGGAACAGAGAAUGAUGGUUGACAUUCCCCUUGUGACAUUGGAGGCUGGGAUAGACAAUGAAACACUGGUAGUGGGAAUGAGCACCACCUCACUCGCCAUUGAUGGCCUCUUAUGUCUGUGCUUGUGUAUCUGUAUAUUGCCAAGAUUCCUCCUUCUGGAAUAACAUGUCCUCCUGAGGCUUAUUUCCUUAAAAAUACCUGGUCUACAAAAGCCAAAGGCCCUGAAUGGAGAGAGGAGAGCUAUAGACUCCUUACCAAAAGUGGGACUGAGACAGCUUAAUGGAGGCUAUCCUGUUGAGCACAAGAGGUGUUGGCCGCCUCCUCCACCACCCAGCCCAAUCUCCUCUCAGGCUGCUUUUGGAAAUAUGACCAGGCUUAGCAAAGGCAGGUUGGAUUUAAUCACUGUAAUGUAGUUGAAUUUAACUCCAUGUAAAACUUGUAAAGUUGUAUUUCUGAGAAUUGAUUGAAUUGUUUUUAAUGUAACCUUGUGUGGGUCUUGGGGUUUGAGCGGGCCGAGACUGCGUUAGUAUACCCUUGGCUAUAGGAGGGGCAUCAAUCAAGGUGCAUUUUCAGACGUAGGAUAACAAAGCAUUUGCUUCAUGGACUUUUUCUUGCAGAAUUUAAAAGGAACACCUUUAAACCAUGUUUUUAUGUAAGCAUAAUGACUACUAUUGUUUUCCUGUAUAAAUUGAAAUACUUGUAUUUUUUUUGUUAGUGGUUUGAUAUGUUCAAAAGUGACACCAUUCCUUUUACGCAAUGCGACAGUGGUGCUUUUUGGGCAUUCCAGAUAUGCUGGCUAAUUUCCCCGGUGACACAAACUUGAUGAACCUUUCAGUAAGGCUAUGCACACAAUCGUUAGGAAGUUAUCUGUACACGCAAUAAUUAGAAAACGACUUAGUGCAGUCCCCUGCUUCAUCUGAAUCCAUGUUCUAACUAGCUUGUUCACACACUCAGAUCGCCCAUCCAUGCCUCUCAUUGCUACAGUGGACUUCACUUCAUACCACAUGCUCAAUAAUAAAAUAUUUGUUGAUUUUAAA